AAGAAAUAUAUAUCUUUUUUUCACUUAUCUUAUGCCUAUGAUUUUAUCGAAAAGUUUAAGUGAUCUGAGAAAUAGAUAUAGCAAAAGUUUUCAAAAACAGAUUUCCUCUCUGCUGAUAGUAUCAACUCACAAUAGGUACCAACAUAACAAAAAGGUCCCUCUAGAAUCCACGUGUGUGACAAUUGUGGUUAUGUUUUCUAACGUGUAGUAUAGUUUGUAUAAUUAGAGUUUAAUAAUACUACCAUAAAUGGUAGUAAAGAGUCAAAUAAAUCAUGUCAACUUGUAAAAUACAUAAUAUUAGGUUUUAUAACCUUGAACCCCGAUCUGUUACUUGUUUAUCUUAUGAAUGUAAGACGAAAAAACUAGCACUUGCGAGGAAUGAUAAUUCGAUUGAAGUCUGGAAUGUUGGGAAUGCACCUUUUGUGGAAUGUACGAUACCUGGUCAUCCAGAAAAUUCCAUAGAAAAUAUUCUGUGGAUAGGUCCAAGAUUGUUUUCUACCGGUCUUCAUGGCAUGAUAACAGAAUAUGAUUUAACGACAUUAUCUAUCAAAAGUGAAGUUGCAGUGACUGGAGGAGCAGCCUGGUGCAUGGACAUUAAUCAUAAAAAAACAUGUUUAGCUGUUGGUACAGAGGAUGGAUAUAUCAAUACAUUUUCUGUUACUCCCCAUUCAUUGAUAUACGAAAGGAUAUUUGAUAAACAGAAAGGAAGAAUCCUUUGUAUUAAAUGGGAUAACACUGGAGAAAUGAUCUAUACAGGGUCUGUUGACACAAUUAGAGUUUGGAAUGCCGUAUCUGGUCAUGCGAUUCAUAAAAUGACGACUUCUAGAAAGGAAGCAAAGAAAGAAACUAUUAUCUGGUGUUUAGCAGUUACGGAUGACAACAUUAUAAUUUCUGGAGACUCACGUGGGUAUUUAUCAUUUUGGGAUCCUCACAUGGGUACUCUAAUAGAAUCCCAUGAAAGUCAUACAGCUGAUGUAUUAGCUGUUACUUUAUCUCAUGAUAUGAAUAUUGUAUAUUGUGCUGGUGUUGACCCUGUAGUGAGAAGUUUUUGUAAAAUAAUUAUGAAAUCAACUGGUAGGCCACAAUGGGUGAAAGGAAUCGAAAGAAGGUUACAUGCUCAUGAUGUAAGAGCCUUAGUAGAAGCUGAUGGAAAAUUAUAUUCAGCUGGUGUAGACGGAUAUCUAGCCCAGUCUAGUUAUCCGCCAAAAAUUCUGGUUAAAUAUCCACCAUUACUACAGCUUCCAUGUGCUACAGUUUGUAGAAAAUCUAGAUGCAUUCUUUUACGAUAUACAAACUUUCUUGAGCUAUGGAGGCUUGGAUCAUCUACUAAAGUAUCUUCAGAAUCGAUACGUCCUGGAAUGGUCCACCAGUUAGAAGAGGAGCCUAUAAAAUUGCUGCAAUUAAAAACAAAAAGGGACGAACACAUCCUUUCUUGUGCUAUCAACAAGGAUGCCAAAACAAUUGUUUAUUCAACCGAUGAUCAUGUUAGAGUUUUCAACUUUGACGUGAUCGAGGGAGAUGCACAAUUAUCGAGAAAUGAUACGGACAUUUCUGCAACCAGAAUACAAAAAAUGUUAUUCAGUCCAAAUGGAAAAUUAUUUGUAACAAUAAAUAAUGACGAAAAAAAUUGCACUAUAACAUUAUAUAAAGUGGAAAAGAAGCAUCUGAGACACCUUGGCUUUUUUUACACAAAUAAGGAAUCUAUUACGAGUGUUGGACUCGUGUGUUUUUCUCCCGAUAGUAAAUUUUUCGUUUGUGCUGAUCGUCAGGGUAGGAUUGCUGUAUAUAAUGUCAGUGACACUACAAACAGCGACGGACCUGUCGCAUGGUUGUUACCCAAAUACAGUUGUCCACCAACAGCCAUGGCGAUCCAACAAGGCACGUUAAAUUUAGUUAUCGUAUAUUCCGAUCACAAGAUUAUCGAGUAUAACAUAUUACAAAGACAGUACACCAAAUUCUCGAACAAUUUACAAAGUCGACUUCCCAAGCAAUGGUUAGCCCGGCCAUUUCCUAUAACGAAUAUUAUUUUUGAUCCGCGUAACGAGAAUAUCAUAAUAAUGCACGACGACUCGACAGUUUACGUAAUUGAUAAAUUGAACGAGUUCUCAGAAAAAGAAACGAAAAUUUUAAAGCGCGAGAAUGGUGACACCACCGAGGACAAUAAUUCUGUGAUAAAUUCUCAGCAAGUUUUUCAAGUUCUUAAAAAAUACAAGCACCUUGUAUACUUGGAUUGGUUGACCGACGAAGAAUUAGUGGCAGUCGAAGUAAACCCCAUAUCCUUGACGGAAAAAUUACCGCCGACACUCAAACAAAAAUGGUUUGGAAUGUAAAUAUAUGAAGAAUGAAAUAAAUGAAAUCCAUUUUCUUACUGGAAUCGAAUGUUGUCUACAAAGCCGUCAUCACAUUUUUAUGAGCAUCAAAAUGAAGAAUUACAUAUCUAUUUCUAUGUCAACUACUACAUUGUUCAUAUGAGACUACAACGAUUUAUUUUUUAAUACAUUUUCUUAUAGUAUACAGUC